GCUAACCAUGCAGUCGAUUAUGUCGCCCACUGUCUGUCUGACAUUGUCUUCAUCUAUCCCGGAAUCACCACCGAUGCCUACCUCGGCCAGGCUCUUAAGUCCUGGGCAUCAAACACCCUCGACACUCCUGCCAUUCGCAACGGCCAGGGAGAACUCGUCAAGGUUGUCGAGAUGGAGACUCGCACCGGUGCCCUGACAGCUGUCCAGGGUGCCUUGGCUGAAGCCAAUUCUUCAAAGACCGUCACUGUCCUGACUUCAUCUCAGGCCUUGCUGUCCAUGAUCCCCAACUUACACGCUCUCGCCAUCGCUCGCCAGCCCGUCGUCUUCCAUGUUGCCUCCCACUACGUCGACCAGGACCUCGUUGCCCACUCCAACGUCGACGCCGUCUUGGCUGCCCGCAACACCGGUGCGCUUCUCUUGGCUUCUUCUACCGUCCAGGAGGCCCACGACAUGUCCCUCGUUGCCCAUCUCUUGUCCCGCGCUGUCCAGCUGCCCGUCAUCCACUACUUUGACGGCGUAUCGGCCUCCAGAGACAUCCAAAAGGUCAACCUGUUAUCCUAUGGCCGCAUUGCCGCCCUUGCUGCUGCCCAGUCAGUCGAACAGUCCAAGAAGUCCUACGCCGAAGCUUAUGCCACCGCCAAGGCUCUCUUGGCUCAGUUCGACUACAAGCCCUUUGACUACUUUGGCGACGCUGCCGCCGAAACUGUCUUGGUCACCCUUGGCGCCAGCUCCUCCACAAUCGCCACUGCCGUCUCCCGUGCCUCCAAGUUCCUCUCUACUCGCGUCGGCUUGGUCUCUGUCCGUCUCUACCGCCCAUGGUCCGAGGCUGAUCUUAUCGCCAUCCUGCCCAAGUCUGCCACUCGUCUGGUCGUGCUUGAGGAAGGCGAUGGUCUGUUUGCAUUCAACGGCCCUCUCUUCCUCGACAUCGCUGCCGCAAUCCGAUUCAGUGGUCUGUCCGUCAAGCCCCGUCUGGUCACCGCUCAGGCAAGCAGCUUCCAUCACCUCAAUGCCAGUCACAUGCCUCUCUUGAUCGAUCAGGCCAGCCAGGCUACCUUUGUCGAUCUGCAGACCGCUCCCUUCAUCGUCACCCUUGCUGACCAAACCAGAGAAAAGGAAGAGAAGAAGGAAUGGCAGGCAUCCAUCUGGGACUCCUCCGCUGAGACUGCUCUCCAGAUCGUCCACCUGCUCCACCAGGACACCACAAGCGCCGUCCAGGCCGAAAUCGUGUCUGAUGCGCUCCAUGUCGGUGGCCCAGUCAUCAACACCCGCCUCACCACUGCCAAGAGCACUGCCGGCAGCCAGGUUGACUACCUCGGUAUCCACGACACAUCUCUGAUCCGCGAGUACGACGUCCUUGCGCUGGCAAAGCCCAAGGCUGUGGUUGUCCUCAACGGCCCCUGGAAGCACGGUGACGACAUCGAGGCCCACCUCACCAACGAGUUCAAGCUCAAGGCCACCCAGCUCGACAUCAAGCUCUACACCAUCGACAGCGCCCGUGUUGCACAUGAGCUCGGUCUGCAUGCCUCUGCCGUCCACCUGGUGUGGGAGGCCGUGUUUGGCCUGUUGGUCCAGCCUCUCGAUCUGGUCAAGCGUCUCACUGCCCUCUACCGCGCUGUUGUUCUUCCCGUUGCUCCCUUGAACCGCCCAGUUGGCUCUGAUAACGAUGACGAUGAUAAGAACAAGAAAUCCCAGAUCCCUGGAGAGGAAGAGUCUACUGGUGGUGUUGCUGAGAUCUCAAAGUGGCACAAGGCUGCAUGGAACUUGAUGUUCAAGGAUGCCUUCCAGACCACCGAGUCCGCCCGCCCUGAUAUCCACGAACCCACCUACGUCGUCCGCCUGACCGAGAACAGACGUCUGACUGCCAACAGCUACGACCGUAAUGUCUUCCAUCUCGAGUUCGACACCACCGACUCCAACCUGACUUACAGCCUUGGUGAUGCUCUUGGUGUCUAUGGUCACAACGACUACGAUGAGGUACGCACCUUCCUGGAGUGGUAUGGUCUCAAGGAGGACGACGUCAUUCUUAUCGGAGGUGAAGAUGGCAAGAAGGAGGCCCGUUCUCUGUUCCAGCUGUUCUCCCAGACCCUCGACUUCUUUGGCCGCCCAUCCAAGAAGUUUUACGAGACCCUUGCUGCAUUUGCCACUGAUCCCAAGGAGCGUGACCAGCUUUUGUUCCUCGUGUCUCCCGAAGGUAAAGAAGACUUUAAGAAGCGUGUGGAAGAGACUGUGACCUACGAGGACCUUUUGCGUGAGUUUGGAUCUGCCAGACCCCCUGUCGAGGCUCUUGUCCAGAUGGUUGCACCCAUCAAGCCCCGUCACUACUCCAUUGCCUCGUCGCAGAAGAUGCAUCCCGGCCAGGUCCACUUGCUUGUCGUUGCUGUCGACUGGGAGACCGCCAAGGGUAAGAAGCGCUUUGGUCAGUGCACUCGCUACAUGGCCGACAUGAAGAUCGGCACCCAGGUCACUGUGUCCAUCAAGUCGUCCGUGAUGAAGCUGCCUCCUCUCGACACCCAGCCUGUUAUCAUGGCUGGUCUUGGUACUGGUAUGGCUCCCUUCCGUGCUUUCAUCCAGGAGCGUUCGGUCGCCAAGGCUGCCGGCAAGGAAGUCGGUCCAGUUGUGCUCUACUUUGGUUCGCGUAACCGUCGCAACGAGUACCUCUAUGGUGAAGAGCUCGAGGCUUACUUGGCCGACGGUGUCCUUUCCCACAUGGGUCUUGCAUUCUCGCGUGAUCAGGUCGAAAAGGUCUACAUCCAGCAUAAGAUGAAGGAGGAUGCCAAGAUGCUCAGUGAUUAUCUGGUCAACAAGGACGGCCACUUUUACCUCUGCGGUCCCACCUGGCCUGUUCCUGAUGUCAAGGAUGCUCUUGUCUAUGGUCUCGAGCAUCACACCAACAUUGAUGCUGCCAAGGCAUCUGCUUUGAUUGAAGAAUGGAAGGAGAAGGAGAAGUACAUCUUGGAAGUCUAC